AACAAAACCUGAAAGAUCACCACGGUGGUUCUCCUUAAUCUCAUCCAUGGACGAACUUCCUCCAGCUCUAGUUCUCGAAAUUCUGAAUCGUCUCAAUAACACAACAGAUCUCGCUCGAUGCCGAUUAACAUCCAAAUCUCUCAAUUCCAUUGCUGCUGAGAUCCGUUCCAUACACCUACAGUGUUCUUUCGAUCGUUAUACCAAGUCUCGAUCGCCCGUAACCGCUUCCCAGGUCACGCCGUUCAAGGAAAUAUUUCGUACACUGAUCUCAAACACAAAGCACGUCGUCGAUUCAAUCACUAUCGGCGUCGAGAAGCCUCUACGAGGAAUUUCAUUCGACGACGCUGAGGACGAAUUGGACGAUUUAUACCUCACCUGCGUUGAUUUCGUAUCGGAAUGGCUUCCAGUUCAUGGAAGACAACUGAGAUCGCUUUCAAUUUCGGAUUUCUGGAUUCAAUCCUGUUGGAGACAAUCGAACGUUUUGUCAUUGAUUUCUUCCUUCUGUCAUCAUCUAGAGGAGGUAGAACUGAAGAAUACUUGGCUGUCUAUGGAUGGUUUGAAUAAAAUGCACAAUCUCACUAGUUUGACUUUGGAAUUCAUAAGAUUAGAAGAUGAAAACCUUAGUAAGUUGAAUGAUUGCUUCCCUUUUCUUCGAGUUCUGAUUCUAAAUGAAGUUGGAGGUCUAAAAGAACCAAUGAUUAAUCUCCUACACUUAACAACCUGUCAAUGGACAGUCUCAAAUGCUCCACUAUCUCUUUCAAUAUCUGCACCAAAGCUUGUGAAAUUCAAGCUUAACUGUGUGAGACCCAAUACACUUCUCAUUGAUGCUCCACUUCUAUCUGAUUUCAGUAUCACUCUAUCGAAUACAAACCAUUUUCUAGUCAAAGAACUUCCUAAUUUGAGAACCCUUAAGAUUGAAUCUCCAAAUCUUGGCAGAUUUAUUAGCAUUUUCCCAUUUGGUAAAACAGUAAACAGUCUGAGCUUGGACUCAUCAUCCAAGGAGGAGUUUAAUCUCAUGUCUGUAAUGGAUGCCUUCCCAAAUGUGAGAUCUUUAACAAUUGGUCAUCUGGCUUGGUCUGAGGCAGAGAUUCAAUUCCAACAUGAUAAGGGAAGAUCAAACAAUGGGAAUAUUGCAAUAAAGGGGUUGAAACAAAUCACAGCACAUUUAGUUCUUGCUGAAGUCGAGCUUACGCAGGCUUUGAUUUUCGAUAUAUUGGGAAGAUGUUCUGAUUUAUCGGACGUGACAUUGCUUGUUCAUAGGAAUGUCGAUUCCAUCAUUGCUAGCAAUCUAAUGGCGAAGUGCAUGGCCUGUAAUGCCCGUGUGAGAUGGAGAUUGGGGAAUUGGGGACAAUAAAUGAUACACCAGUUGGGUUUUUUUUCUCGGACAUUUGGAUAAGGUUCGGUGAAACUGUGUUAUAUAGCUUAUUAUAGAACAGCCUACCAUUUGCAAUAAAGAAAUGGUUGUGAAUUUGUUAUAGAGAAGAUAGAUAGAAUUUGUAAAAUGGGUAUCAUGUCAUAUUUAUCAUGUGUGAAGAUGUAUUUUUACCAC